CUGAAGAAUCCUGUGUAGCUUGCGGUGGCUUUGUUGUUUGUCCCAAGAGAUGUGUGGUUGUUUGUGGCUUGGUCAGUUGUCCUGUUCUGCUUUCUCUGAUCUGGGUGAGACUGGGGAUGGCAGCCCAUCUCCAGCUGCAGAGGGACGCUGAGGUGGCUGGGGCUGCCCUUCCCUCAUUGUGUCCCUCCAGAGAGCCCAGCAGAUGCCAGAGUGCUCGGGGUGGUGCCGCUGGUUCAGUCACAACAAGCGGACCUCCUGGCUGUGCUGUGCUGCAGCUGACACGGUGGCUUGCCUGGUGAAUCAUAAGUAAAUGCUGCUGAGAGCUGAGCUUUUUGCAGACAGCACAGCAUUAGCCCCACUCCUUGGACAAGCUCCAGCUUGGGCGAUUCCACUCGGACACUUUAAAUGCUCCCUGUCAUCUUUGCCAGGCGCAAGACUCUGCUCUUCUGCCUGUGAGCUCUUGGAGACUUGUUGGGAGCUGUAAAACAGCUGCUACUUUCACUCUCUGUUUGUUUUCUGGCUGGAUGUAGGGGAUUUGUCUAUAGAGCCUGACUGUGGGACUGUGAAAGAGGCUCUGUUAACGCUAAGCAAUGAUUUGCCAAUAAAGGUUGGCUUUAUUUUUCCCAUCAACCCCUCAAUUCUGAUGGCUGCCGAGGGCUGAUGUUGGACACAGAGGCUGCUGAGCUGUCAUGGGGAACACCACCAGCGAGCGAGUGUCCGGGGAGCGCCAUGGCUCCAAGUCCCACCGCUCGGACGGCUCCGGUGCCUCCCACCCCACCAAGGAGCACCCGCACAAGAUCAUGGUGGGCAGCACCGAUGACCCCAGCGUUUUCAGCUCCCAUGACUCCAAGAUUCCUGGGGACAAGGAGUUUGUGUCGUGGCAGCCAGAUCUAGAGGAGUCAGUGAAACCAUCCCAACAGGCUCGACCAACUGUCAUCCGCUGGGCCGAUGGAGGCAAAGAGGUCUUCAUCUCUGGAUCCUUCAACAACUGGAGCACUAAGAUCCCACUCAUCAAGAGCCACAACGACUUUGUUGCUAUCCUGGAUCUCCCAGAAGGAGAGCACCAGUACAAAUUUUUUGUGGAUGGCCAGUGGGUCCAUGACCCAUCUGAGCCCGUGGUCACCAGCCAGAUGGGGACAAUUAACAACCUAAUCCACGUCAAGAAGUCUGACUUCGAGGUGUUCGAUGCAUUGAAGGUGGAUUCCCUGGAGAGCUCAGAAACCUCAGGUCGGGACUUAUCAAGCUCACCACCUGGACCUUACGGCCAAGAGAUGUACGUAUACCGGCCCGAGGAGCGCUUCAAAUCCCCACCCAUCCUCCCACCUCAUCUCCUCCAGGUCAUCCUGAACAAGGACACCAAUAUCUCGUGCGACCCAGCACUGCUGCCCGAACCCAACCACGUCAUGCUCAAUCACCUCUACGCGCUCUCCAUCAAGGAUGGCGUGAUGGUGCUCAGUGCCACGCACCGCUACAAGAAGAAGUACGUCACCACACUGCUGUACAAGCCCAUCUGAGCCAGAGCCUCGCCCACCCCCCACGCAGGACACGAAACGCCGCUUUGUCUGCACACACUGGGCCACAGGACUGUGUGAGAACUAGGUGCUGGCUCCAGCCUCAAACCUGGCAGGGACACAGGCCCUGGCAAUGAGCCCAGGGCCGCUGGGGCCUGUGACACUGUCUCAUCCUACUGGUGUGGUUCGAUUUAGCCCUUGGUUUCCGCCCACCUGCAGCUCCCCUAGGCUUCUGUGAGUCUCUGGGACCACUUUGCUGCUCACCAGAACAGCCUUUCCUCACGCCCAACACGGAAAGGGCUUCACCCUGACUGUCUUCUCCAGCCUGCAAGGGCCUCAAGGUGAUCCUAGCACUACCCCCACCCCAGGCCUCCAGGAAUGUGUCCUACCUGCUGAAGGUUGCUCUGGUGUCUUGGUCUUGAGUUUCCAAAGGCCACCUUGAUCACUAGGGGCUCCGUGACACUCCAGCCUGCUACCUGCCCCCUGUCCCACAGCCCUGGCUGUGGGGCUGUCCCCCAGCUUUGAGGAGGGCUCUCAGCUCUGGAGCCCCAGCCCCCUGCCAGGUUCAGCAUCGAGCCAGCAGGGUGGAAGGUACAGCCCGACACAGCCACGCUUACCUGCCGCUGGGACAGCACCGUCGAGGACUGACUGCGACUGCUCUGUCCCCAGCACUGAGUGCUUCUAUGGGACAGGGCUGGCUUCAUCAUAGCCAGAGGGGCACUGGCACAUGCCCACGCUGAAGGGGCCUGGGGCGAGCAGAGCCGGGCAGGCACCCCAGGACCCUGGCUGCACCGCCUGCUGCCGCAGCAGUGCCAUGGGACAGGCAUUUCUCUAUUUAUUACAGUAUUUAUUGUUCUCGGUG